AUGACGGACGAUGGAAAAGGAGAAAAUGAGCAGGCAUUUAGAUACAUGUAUCAACUGGCCGACUUUCUGCAAACGUCGGAUAACGCCGUCCGCAUUUUUUUAUCUCUGCUCUUGGGAUAUCCAUUGGCAUGCAUUUACAGAAAAUACAUUCUAGCACAAUCCCCAAUGAUUCAGCAUCUCUUCUUUACAUUCUUUGGUCUCGGGUUGUGUUAUUUCAAUUUUGGUACAGAUGUGAUACAUUCUAUCAUAAAUGUUGCACUAAUUUAUGUUACACUGUUAACUGUCGGUGGUUCUAUGUUGUCUGUCAUUCUUGCUUUUGUUAUCAACAUGGGUUAUUUAUGCAUUGGCUAUUAUUAUACAAUGAACGAGAGUUAUACGAUAAAAUGGACAACGCCACAUUGUGUUCUAUGUUUGAGGCUCAUUGGUCUGGUUUUCGAUGUCUACGAUGGUGCAACCAAUAAGGAAAAACUGUCCGCAGACCAAUUAGAAUCUUGUCUACUGAAGAUCCCAUCGUUGUUAGAGAUCUGUGGUCACACUUACUGUUUUGGAGGCUUUCUUGUUGGACCCCAAUUCUCAAUGAAAAAGUAUCUGGACUUUGUUAAUAGAAAACAUUUAAAGGGACCAAAUGAUAAACCAAACAGCAUCAAACCAUCAGUCCAUCGUUUAAUGAUUGGCAUGCUUUAUGCGGUAAUCUACCAGCUGACCAAUCCCUACCUGCCAGAUUCUGCCCUAACUUCAAAGGAACUUUUAGAUUCAUCAUCAUUCCUGUACAAAUGCUUCUUCAUCACUCUCUGGUCUAAAUUCAUGCUGUACAAGUACAUUGGGGUUUGGCUUAUCUCAGAAGGUGCCUGCAUUCUCAUGGGCCUCUCAUACAAUGGCACGGAAAUCAUCCAGAAAAGCGAGACGAAAUCCGGCGGCGUCGGGAACGGAUUAGGGAUCAGGGAUGUGCGUGAAAAGUGGGACGGGUGUAAGAAUGUAAAAAUUGUAGAUUAUGAGAGAGCCAGCAUGUGCCAGGAUCUCGUUUCGUCGUUUAACAUCAACACUAAUAAGUGGAUGGCAAAGUACGUUUUCAAGAGGUUAAAGUUCAUAGGUAACAAGGAUUUAUCCCAAGUGGCGACCCUGGCAUUCCUGGCUCUCUGGCACGGAUUAUAUUCCGGAUAUUUUAUGAACUUCUUCCUGGAGUUUUUUCUCAUAAAGUUUGAGAGAGAGUUUACUCAAGUUCCCGCCAUAAACAACCUGGUGACCUACAUUAGAGGCAUGCCAUUGGGUCAUUUUGUAAUCUGGGUCAUCAAGAAAGUUCACCUACAGUUCAUUCUCGGCUAUUCCCUUGUAUCAUUCUGUCUCUUCACUUACUCAAGAUAUUUGAAGGUCUACUGUUCCGUCUUCUGCAUUGUGCAUGUCGUCCAUAUGAUCCUCUGGCCAGCAUUUUUCUACUGGUACAAGAGUAUGAACAGACCAAUCAAAAAACUCGAAUCAGACGCGCCAAAAAAAGUUGAAGUAGGUGGCACCGGUGAUGGCAAGAUUUCAUAG